AUGAGUGAAACUCCUUCCACUAACUAUUCGAUGAUUCAUGCAGCCUCUUCUGAAGGUCAAGCCUCUUAUCCUCGCCACUUCAAUGUCACUCAACCAGUUGUGGCCAAAAGGAUUAGUUUCUAUAAGAGUGGAGACCCUCAGUUCAAUGGGAUCCAGAUGGUUGUCAAUCCUCGAUCCUUCAAGACUUUUGAUGCCUUGCUUGACAACUUGUCCAAGAAGGUCCCAUUGCCCUUUGGAGUCAGAAAUAUCAGCACUCCACGUGGUAUCCAUGGCAUCACAAAGCUGGAGGACCUAGAGGAUGGCAGAUCAUACAUCUGUUCCCACAAGAAGAAAAUAAAACCCAUUGACCUGGAGAAGGCUCGCCAGAAACCCCUGCCCUGGCAGAGCAGUAGACCUGUCAGUGCUCGUCGCCGAGCUGCACAAUUGGCCAGGGCAAAGGAGUUUGGUUUGACUCAUCGAGAGCUUCCUCUGGUCGUUCAGACACCCAGAAAGCUCUUAGUUUUCAAAAAUGGUGAACCAAAGACUCGGCAUGCCAUCAUUCUGAGUAGGAAGAUCACCCAGAACUUUGAAGCCUUUCUGGACCACCUGGCUGAGGUCAUGCAAUACCCAGUUGUGAAAUUGUACACCACAGAUGGAAGAAAGGUGCCCAGCCUACAGGCAGUUAUAUUGAGCUCUGGAGCUGUAGUGGCUGCAGGAAGAGAACCAUUUAAACCAGGAAAUUAUGACCUUCUGAAAUACCUGCUCCCUGGUCAAUUACCAAGGAUGUCUAAAUGCAUAUACCCAAAAGGACAAACUAAAUCAGAAAGCAGAAAAAAUGGUAACUGGAAGGUUUCAAUAAUUACCAGUGAAUUGCCAGGUGCAGGAACCAGCUCCCAGAUUUAUAUUGUAUUAUAUGGACACCGCAGAAGUUCAGCACCUAUCUAUCUUUAUGGAACAGGUGGGGACCCAUUUCAAGAAGGCCGAGAAGAUAUCUUCACACUGAAGACUGGAGAUAUCGGAGAACUCCACAAGAUACGUAUUGGCCACAGUAAUUCUGGACUUUCUCCUGCCUGGCAUUGUAAAGAGCAGGACUGGAGUGUAAAGCAUAGUUUCAUUUUCUCAUCAGUGACAGUGUAUGAGGUACGUGUGACCACAGGAGACUGGUGGAAUGCUGGGACAGAAUCAAGCGUCUACAUCUCUAUCUAUGGAGAGAAAGGAGAUACAGGCUCCAGGCAACUGUUUAGAUCAAAGAACCCCAAGAAAUUUUUAAAAGGACAAACUGACAUCUUCUCUCUUGAAGCAGUGAACCUUGGGUAUUUGUACAAGGUUGUUAUAGCACAUGAUGGACUUGGUUCAGGAAAUGGUUGGUUUCUUGAUGAUAUCAUGAUCAAAGAUCCUACCACAGAUUUGGAAUAUGCCUUCUUGUGUCACAGAUGGCUGGAUCAUGGAGAGGAUGAUGGGAAAAUUAUUAGAGAACUGUGUGCUAGUGAUAAUAGCACUUUUUUUGGGAGACAGAAGUUGGAACUUCAAAGAAAAGAAGCUUGGGCUGCUGAAAGCUGGAAACUGAAGAAAGGAAACAUUCUUCAGUUCUACAACCGACUUAGUGGAGGCUUUGUCCGUCUUCACCCAGAUGGCACUGUUGAUGCUCUUGGAGAAAAGACAGACAAAAAUGGUCUUUUUGAUGUCAUUGUCAAAAGAAGAAACAUAUGCAUCUUUCAAAGUCAUCAGACAAGAAAUCUUUCUCUUGCCCUUGAUAUCUCUGGAAUGGCUACUGGAAUGCCUGAUGGUGGAGUUACAUGUGAGCUUCGAGUCCUCCAUCUGCCUAAUCGCUGUGCCAUUCUGGAAUCAGUCAUGGUCCCUGGUCUGACAGUUGCUUUCAACAGUCAAGGCAAAGUAGCUGACGAAUCAACAAACAGCUAUGCAGGGCUCUCGAAAGAAUUUGUGAUAUAUGCUAAGGGUGUGUUCCACAACAGUGCAGUAAUUCUGCUCACCACCAGCUUAUGCCAGGCUCUGACCCUCCAGUCUGAUGGGAGCUGCAGUGGAGCAGGAAAUCAAUCUGAAGAAUCCCACUGGAAAGUGCAUAAAAUCGGCUCUGGGAUUUGCAUGUUUGAAAGUUUGAAGAAUCCAAGAAUGUUUCUUAGGAUCAAGGAUGGCCACUGUGAUGGAAGAGGCACAGGAGAUCUCAACUGUCACUUUAAAAUUCAGAGGAACUUGGAAAAUGGAUCCAUAAGUCUGGAAUCAGUGAAAAGUAAAGGCCUGUUCAUGGGACUUCUGCCAGAUGGUCAGAUGAAGCCAGUUCUUUAUACUAAAGACCCAGGUGUUUUCUUCUAUCCACAAGUCAUCCAAUUUGGCAGGGAAAAACCAAUGGGAACAUCUGCAACAGCUAGCCAACAGGAAGAAAAGGCCAGAGAAUCUGGGAACCAAGCAGAAGCAGCAUCUCAGUACAUGGCCCAUAGCCCAUCCUACUCUCUGGCCUCAACAGAAUUUCGAAACACCUCCACCGGUGACACAGUUCUUCUCUCAGAUGAUGAAUGGCGGGUGCUGGUGCUGACAGGAAAUACAGGGACUCAAGCCAAUGUCACCCUCUGGGUAUAUGGAGACAAAGGAGUUACUGGACCACUACCUCUUGGCAAGGGCAGUAGGGAGCAGCUGUUCCUUCCAGGAAAGGAGGAUGAAUUUCAGGUUCAGAUAAAGAACAUUGGCAAAAUUUACAAGAUCAGAAUAGGACAUGAUGGAACCAGUGAACAGCCUGAAUGGAGUUUACAAAUGGUGACAAUGAAGCAUUUAAAGAGUGGGAAGACCCUCAAUUUUGCAGCAAACAAGUGUUUAUCUAGAAUUCAAGGAGUUGGAGACAUUGUCUGUGAGCUGCCUGUAGAAGAAGAUGGAAAAGCAUUGUUUCCAAUAGUAAGAUACAGUGUUUAUGUCUACACUGGCCAGUUGAAGGAAGCAGAAACCACAUCUGCGGUUUACCUGUGUCUUUAUGGAGAAAGAGGUGACUCUGGUGUUAGGCUUUUACACAAAUCAGAUAAGCCAAUAAAAUUCCAAAGAGGUCAGAUUGAUCAAUUUCAAGUGGAAGCUGUAUCCCUUGGAAAGCUUCAGAAGGCUCUGUUGCUCUGCAAGGCCACUGAUCAAUCAGAGUACUGGUAUUGUGAGAAAAUCAUUGUCAGGGAACCAACGAAGGAAUCAGAGUCCAUAUUCAACUGUGAAAGGUGGCUUCCUUUUAUGUCCCAGGGCAUCAUUCACUCAGAAAUAGAACUUUAUCCUCAAGAAAUGCAAAUAAACCAUCAGCCUAAAACGCAAGAGGAAGCAAAUGAAGGAGACUGGAAGAUAACUGUUGUCACAGGAGAUUUUGAGAAGGCUGGCACAACUGCUACAGUGUCUCUUUUUGCUUAUGGAGAAAAGAUGUCUUCAGGUCCCAUCAUUUUGGGAUCUGGGAAGCACCAGCUGUUUAACCCCAAUAGUGCAGACAUAUUUAAGAUUAAUCUUAAAGAUAUUGGUGAAUUGUAUAAAAUACGCAUUGGACAUGACAAUAGUGGAAAAGAUCCUAGUUGGUAUUUGGAAGAAAUUAAACUUGAAGAAAUAGACACUGGAAAGGUGUUUUCCCUCACAGUGGAUUGUUGGAUAACUGAGAAUGAAAAUGAUGGAGACACUUGCAAAGAAAUAGCUAUCAACAGGCCAAACAAGAAACCCUUGCCAGUGGUGAUUUAUGAGAUUCAUGUCUACACUGGAUCAAAGCUGGGUGCUGAAACUGACUCUAAUGUGUUAAUCAACCUUAUUGGAACCAGGGGAGAUUCUGGGAAACGAAGGCUUCAUAAGUCUAUGAAUAACCAAGUCAAGUUUCAACAAGGACAGGUGGACAUCUUUGUCAUUAAGUCUGUGUCUCUUGGAGAACUGAGGAAAGUUCUGAUUAGUCAUGAUGGGACUGGUCCAGGCAAUGGAUGGUUUCUUGAGAAGAUUAUUAUUAAAUUUAAAGAGGAUAAAGAGGAUCGAGAGGUGCUGUUCCCAGGUAACAGAUGGUUGGAUGAGUACCAGGAAGAUGGGAAGACUGAGAGGGAGCUGACUGCUGAAAGUAAGUAG